AUGACGGAGGCGGAGGAGCUGCGGCCCGUUCCCAGGGAGCGGGCCAUCCUGGAGAGCUUCUUCACCCAGCUGGGCAUGUUCUCCUUCGACCGGGCCAAGGACUACGUGGAGAAGGAGAAGGACAACAGCAAGAGCUCCGGGGCCAUAUGGGGCGCUCUGCUGGCGGCGCUGGCGCAUCUGUCCGCGGCGGAGAAGGCUUAUCACAACAUGACAUUCCUGGGACAGAAACUAGGAGGCCAGUCCUUCUUCAGCCGCAAGGACUCCAUCCGCACCAUCUACACGUCCCUGUACAACGAGCUGAGGAAGGUGGCGACGGCGGGACGCCACAGCCAGCCGGCGUCCUCCUCCUCCUCCUCCUCCUCCUCGUCCUACCUGGAGGACCUGCUGUCGCACCUGUCCGAGCAGCUGUGCCACUUCACGCAGGCGCGCAUGGAGAUGGCCGACCUGUACGAGAAGAUGCACUCGCUGGGCGGCCAGAAGAGCAUCAACUCGGACGAGCUGGUCACGACGCUGGAGGCCGUGCUGCACAAAUACAGCUCCAAGUUCCAUCACCCGAUCCUGGGCCGCGUCGAGGAGGGAUUCCAGACGGAGGUGGACGUCGUGACCCAGCUGCUGCGCUGCCAGGCCCAGGUCUCCGAGUGGCACUUCCUGCCGGCGCUGCUCAGCCUCCACGGGGCCAACUCCAAGCUGACGGCGUGGGGCCAGCUCUUCCAGCGGCAGAAGGAAACCCGCAAGCACCUGUUCGGGGGCCAGUCCCAGAAGUCCGUGCAGCCCCCGCACCUGUACACGUGGCUGCAGCGCUUCCAGGCGACGCUGCUCGCCAAGUUCAGCUUCUACUUCCACGAGGCGCUGAGCCGGCAGACGGCGGCGGCCGACAUGCGAGCGCUGACGGCGCGCACGGCGCAGGACUACCACGGCAAGAUCUCCUCCUUCAUACGCAAGCACGACGCCAGCAACGUGUCGCUGGUGUUCGACAACCGCGGCUCCGAGAGCUUCCAGGGCCACGGGUACCACCACCCGCACUCGUACCGGGAGGCGCCGAAGGGCGUGGAGCAGUUCCCCGCCGUGGUGUCGCUGCCGUCGGGCGAGCGGCCGCUCACACACUGGCCCAACGUCAUCAUGAUGAUGGGCGACCGCGCCGCCGAGCUCAACACCCUGGACAAGGUGGUGCACUUCUACGACGACAAGGUCCAGAGCACCUACUACCUGACGAGGCCCGAGCCACACUUCACCCUGGUGGUGAUCUUUGACGGCAGGAAGUCGGAGAAGGACCUGCACAUCGCCGCCUUCCUCCAGGAGAUCUCCGGCUCCCUGAGGAACUCCAAACCCUUCAGCACCCUCAAACCCGGCUCCAAGGGCUGAGCUCAAGUCGCUUCUGCUCAUUUCUUGUACUUUGAAUCUAAUUUUGCCAAAAAAAAAUUGCUCCAGACCAAAGACUCAAACUGAUUUUUACAUGUUGGGCUUAAUUUUAAUUGUUUCUGUUUCAAAUAAUUAGUUUUAACAUGUUUACUUUUAUUUGUGAUGGAUUGUUUUGCUGGAUAGAGUUUAAAUAAAGAUUUGAAACGAG